CUCCAAGUUAAGGUGAUUAUUGUUUAACGAUAUUCGCCGUACACCAUGUGCGGUCUAACUGCUCUUCUAUCCCUCCAGCCACCUGUCCCCCAGAGUAAUGGCCACUCAACUCCUCCAAUCACUCCAGAAGAAAUCAACAACAGCCUCGAAAUCAUCAAGCACCGCGGCCCCGACGCGCGCGGGCAAUGGAUCAGUCCGGACGGUCAAGUUGGCCUCGGCCACGUCCGCCUCUCGAUCAUCGACCUCAGUCCCUCCGGCACCCAACCCUUCCACAACACCCACGCCACCAACGACGUCCACGCCAUCGUCAACGGCGAACUCUACGACUACGAGCGUCUCCGCGCCCAAUUCGCCCCGGAAUACCCCUUCCAAAGCCACAGUGACUGCGAACUAGUCCUGGCACUAUACCAGCACUACGGGGUGUCCUUCCUCUCGCAUCUCCGCGGCGAAUUCGCCCUUGUGCUGUGGGAUGCCAAGCGAAAGUUACUUAUCGCGGCGCGCGAUCGAUAUGGCAUCAAGUCGUUGUAUUAUACGGUGCAUCAGGGCCGGUUGCUGGUCGCGACGGAGAUGAAGUCGUUUUUGGCGUAUGGGUGGACGCCCGAGUGGGAUGUGCGGACGUUGAGGGAGAAUGGGUGGCGGUUUGAUGAGCGGUGUUAUUUUCGGGGGGUGCAUAAGGUGCUUCCCGGGCAUUAUCUGGUCUGUCGGGAGUUUGGGGCCGUCGAGCAGAAGCCGUAUUGGGAUCUAGAAUAUCCGGACAAGCGCAUUGUUGAGACCCGAUCGGAGGAGGAGAUGAUCCUCGGGGUUCGCGAGCGCAUCUUGGAAGCCGUCCGACUGCGACUGCGCGCGGAUGUGCCCGUAGGGAUCUAUCUGAGUGGCGGGCUGGACUCGUCUGCAUUGGCGGGGGUGGCUGCCCAUCUGAUCAAGGAAGAGCAUGUCCAAGUAGGCACGGAUAAUAGUGGGGAUAUUGCGCGAUUGCAAUGCUUCUGCGUCCAAUUUGAUAAGGAUAGCGGAGCGGAUGAAUCGGACAUUGCGCAGCGCACAGCGGACUGGCUGGGCGUGGAAUUGACCUGUGUCCAUCUAGACGAGGCUGCGAUUGCGGCCAAAUUCGAGGAUACCGCCUGGCACAGUGAAGCCCCCAACCCGGAUGCGAAUGGCAUCGGCAAAUUGGCGCUUUCCGAGGCCGUCCAUGCGAAGGGAUUGAAGGUGGUGCUCACGGGGGAAGGCGCAGACGAGCACUUUGCGGGAUACACGCUCUUCGCCGCCGAUGCGUUGAGUGAGGCGGAUUCCUCGUGGCCUUUAGGGCUGAUGCCCGAGUCCGAGCGGGAGGAGGCCUGGAGCCAGGAAUGCAUCAAAUCGGAUAUUUUCCAGCUAGGCGCACUCCCUCAGAAUGUACCAUCAUCGACCAAGCGGGUGUUGAACAACGCUCGGCUGCCCCCGUCGCUGUGUACGCACACGCCCCUCCCGUUUGCGCCGUGGACCGACAGCUAUGCGACCAGUGACCCCCAGACCGUACUGGCCGAGAGCUUCAACGGGCGGGCAUAUCAUAACAUGGCAACCAAGUGGCAUCCGCUCCACAGCUCCCAGUACAUCUGGACCAAGUCCGUGUUUCCCAACAUCAUGCUGCGCUAUCUAGGCGACAACGUGGACAUGGUAAACCACGUCGAGAGUCGCACUCCAUACCUUGACCACCAUGUCACCGAGUAUGCCAAUGCCCUGCCACCCAGUCUGAAGAUGAAAUACGACCCGGAGACAAAGAAGCUCCGCGAGAAACAUAUCCUGCGGGAGGCAAUGAAACCAUUCAUCACGGAGGAAAUUUACCACCGGGCUAAGCACCCCUACAUGGGCCCCGUGCGGUAUGCGGCUGACGGACCCCUCCAUCGGGUGAUUCAGCGGCUGGUGACCAAAGAGAAUGUGGAGCAGCUGGGAUUUGUGGAUUGGGCCACAGCCGAGGGAUUGGCGGACAAGGCAUUCGUGCAGCACGACCACUCGGCGUUUCGGAAUGUGCUGAGCUUGGCUCAGUUUAUUGUCAUCGGCAGAGGAUUUGGGGCUAAAAAGGCGGGGCUGUAA